AUGGUACCUCACACCACAACACAACCUGGGAAAGACAACCAGCAACGUGCUUCGCCACCUGUUCCACACGUUCUGCUUAAUACGAACAACAGUAACGACAACGAACAGAAAAAGGAAAACAAAGAAAAAGAGAAGGAACCACCUAAAGAAAAGGAAAAAGACAAGAGCAAGGAAGAAGAAAAGCCUAAAGAGGUUUUUGUCAUCAACCCUGCAGGGAACUUGUACUACCACUGGCUGUUUGUCAUCACAGUUCCAGUCAUGUACAACUGGACCAUGAUCAUAGCCAGAGCCUGUUUUGAAGAGCUGCAGCAUAAUUACAUCGUUUACUGGAUGUUUUUGGACUACGUUUCCGACCUCGUAUACGUGGCUGACAUGUACGUCAGGACCAGAACAGGUUAUCUUGAGCAAGGUCUUCUGGUGAAGGAUGAGAAGCUGCUGUGGGAUUCCUACAUCAACAGCUUUCAGUUCCGUCUUGACGCUGUGUCCAUGUUGCCCACUGACAUCUUCUAUUUGAUCCUCGGUCUUGACUACCCAGAGAUCCGCGUCAACAAGCUGCUGAGAAUUGGUCGCAUGUUGGAGUUCUUCAGGAAGACAGAAACCAAAACCAACUACCCCAACAUCUUCCGCAUCGCAAACCUAAUCAUGUACAUCCUCAUCAUCAUCCACUGGAACGCCUGUUUCUACUUUUCCUUUUCCAAGGCCAUUGGUUUCGGGUCAGAUGACUGGGUUUACCCAGCCCUGGACGAUCCUGAGCAGCCGGACUUUGGUCUGCCGGGGAGGAAGUAUGCUUUCAGCCUUUACUGGUCCACGCUGACACUGACCACAAUUGGAGAAACACCACCACCCGCCUUGGACUCUGAGUUUUUCUUCCAUGUGUCUGACUUCUUGGUAGGGGUCUUGAUCUUUGCCACUAUUGUAGGAAACAUUGCCACCAUGAUCUCUAACAUGAAUGCGGCCCAAGCGCAGUUUCAGGCCCGAAUUGACAACAUCAAGCAGUACAUGCACGUUCGCAAAGUCAGCAAAGAACUGGAGUUGCGGGUCAUCACCUGGUUUGACUAUCUGUGGAAUAAUGGAAAGGCACAGGAUGAGAGAGAGGUGCUGAGAUAUCUCCCAGACAAACUCAAGGCUGAAAUUGGCAUCCAGGUCCACAUGGAGACGCUGAAGAAAGUGCGUAUUUUUGCCGAUUGCGAAGCUGGUCUGCUGAUCCAGCUGGUGCUCAAGCUGCGGGCCCAGGUUUUCAGCCCAGGUGACUACAUCUGCAAGAAGGGCGACAUAGGCCGUGAGAUGUACAUCAUCAAAGACGGUAAACUCGCUGUUGUCGCAGAUGACGGCGUGACACAAUUUGUGGUGCUGGGAAGCGGCAGCUAUUUUGGUGAAAUCAGUAUCCUUAAUAUAAAAGGCAGUAAAGCAGGAAACAGGCGGACGGCCAACAUCCGCAGCAUUGGAUACUCUGAACUUUUCUGCCUGUCAAAGGACGACCUGAUGGAGUCGCUGACAGAGUACCCAGAUGCUAAGAGCAUGCUGGAGGGGAAAGGCCAUCAGAUCCUGCCGAAAGACGGGCUGAUAGAGUUAGACCCGUCGAAAAUCUUGCCUGAGGCUCAGGAGCUGGAGGACAAGGUCAAUAAAUUGUACAGUAAAAUGGAGCUGGUGCAGAUGAAGCUGAAGAAGAUACUGGGAAACUACACCACUGCUGACAGGGCUCUGAGAGACCGCAUCAAAGAUCUGGAACGUCUGACAGGAGAGGAGGUGGAGGGUGAGGAGGACGAAGAUCAAGCUGAAAAAGAAACAGGUGCAGAAGGAGAAGGAAAGGGGAGAGAUGAUGGGAGAGAGGAAGAAGGAAUUAAAGAAAAGAGUGAAGAAAAGACUGGAGAAGCACAAGAUGAGGAAGGACACGAUAAAAAAUCCAAGGAAGAGGACGAAGGAGGCGCUUAACCAGAAGUGAGAACAGGUUCCUCCUCUCUGUCUCUCUGGCCUAAUCAUCAGACUCACCUGGUACCUGUUAA